AUGACUGUUGAUUCGAUUGACAUAGAGGAACCACGUUUAUCAUUAGAUCAAAUACAUAGAGCUGCAAAAGCAAUGUCUCUGUGUAAAGACCUUGUGUACCUCAUACUGCAAUUCUGUAAUGAAGAGAACCUCAAAAGAACAGCCCACGUGCUCGAGCAGGAGACCGGUUAUUUCUUUGAUUUGCAAUAUUUUGAGGAGUUGGUGCUCAAAGGUAGUUGGGAUGAGGUGGAGAGUUAUCUCUCGAGCUUCACGGAAGCCGAGGAUAACAAAUAUUCGACCAAGAUAUAUUUUGAGAUUAUGAAGCAAAAAUAUCUCGAGGCACUAGACAAGCAUGAAUUUGCUGUGGCUUUGGACAUCCUUCUCAAAGAUCUUAAAGUUUUCGAACGAACAAACAAGGAGUUGUACAAAGAAAUGACCCAGCUCCUGUCACUAGAUGAUUUUAGGGAACAUAAUUUGCUUGCCUUCUACGGUGAUACGUCCUCCGCAAGAAAAAGGCUCGUAAAUGACCUCAGGAAUUUUAUUGAGGCAAAUCCACUUUUACAAGAAAAAACAAAAUUUCCUCAAAUCACCAAGUCUCGGUUGAGGCGUCUGAUUAACCAGAGUUUGAACUGGCAGCAUAUUCACUGUGCAAAUCCUCAUCCGCAACCUCAUAUCGACACCCUUUUUAUUGAUCAUAAGUGUCCUGAGUCGGAUAAUCUGCAGAAUCAAUCCAACAAGGAUAGCUCAUUGAUCUCUGUGCAAAUGGUGCCAUUUGCGUUGCAUCUCACAAGCACCUCAACUUCUAACAAGUCCUCGGAAAAUCAAUCCAAAAUUAUAACCACAGAUGUGAAUAUUGUGAAUCCUUCCUCCAAGCAAGCUUUUGGGGAUAGAACGGAUUCUUGUCUGGAUGCCUCUGAGUCAAAGUCGAAAGAAUAUGUUGAUAAUGAGGAUAAGGAAGAUUCAGCAACUGAACUUCCAAGUGACUUCCCGAAGAAUGUUGAACGAAUUAUAAACGUGGGCUCUGCCCCAACUACAAUGGAUUUUAACCCCUUUCACGAGACCUUGCUGUUAGUGGGAAAUAGUAUUGGGGUUAUAGAGCUUUGGGAUGUUGCUUCUGCGAAAAAGCUGGUUCUGCAAGAAUUUGUGAUCCCAGGGGAGGACAUAGCGAAAAACCCCGGCAUUUCUGUUAAUCGUGUACUAUGGAGCUCUGAUGGUGCCUUAUUUGGCGUGGCAUAUUCAAAACGGUUGGUACAUUUAUAUUCGUAUCGCACAAAGGACAAUCACUUUGAUCAACAUUUGGAGAUUGAUGCGCAUGUUGGAGGUGUUUGGGAUAUUUCAACCGGGGCCAAACAGUACACAUUCAAGGGUCAUGAUGCUCCAGUGUACUCAUUAUGCCCUCAUAACAAGAAAGAUGUUCACUUCUUAUUCUCCGUCUCGACAAGUGGCGAGAUAAAAGCUUGGUUAUUUGACAACGUGGGCUCGAGGCUUACUUACGAUGCUCCUGGUUUCUGUUGUAUGAGAAUGGUUUAUAGUACAGAUGGCAAAAGGUUAUUUUCAUGCGGGACGAACGGAAAUGGAGAUUCCUAUAUUGUCGAGUGGAAUGAGAGAGAGGGUUCCAUUAUUAGGAAUUACUGUGGACUUAGCAAGUGCUCUUCGGCUAUGAUUCAUUUCGAUACGAGUGUGAAUCAAUUUUUGGCUGCCGGUGAUGAGCAUUUGAUCAAGAUAUGGGAUAUGGAUAGUGCUGAAAUUCGAGUGGUUAUUGAUGCCGAUGGAGAUUUACCUGCGAGACCUUAUAUUCGUUUCGAUAAGAAAGGCAAUUUUUUGGCUGUUUGCGGUAAUCAUAACCAAAUCAAAAUAUUGGCAAAUGAUAUUGGUCGUGAGUUGCUGCAAAAUUCCCCAUCUGUUUCUGGUGGUUCGGAUGGAUUUUUGGCGGACUCGUUCAGUAAGCUUUCUGUCAAUCCAUCACCUGAACCACUUAAAGCAGUUCUUGAGGAAGGAAAUUCCUAUAGAGGAGAAGCUCCAGAUGUAUGGGAAUAUUAUCCGAGACCCCAAGGGCCCGAAAUACUUCCGAAAAUGGCGGUGCCGAAUAUUUCUCAAGUCGUCGAAGUUUCACGCUGCCAGUCUGUGCGGCUCACUUCUGAAAUCGAGGUUAAUAUGAUUCGGAGGUUAAUGUACGCUCAUUCGGGUAAUGCCAUCCUAGCAUUAGCAGAGAGUGGGACUCAUUUACUGUGGAGAUGGCCAAAAAGUUAUGCAAAUUCAACUGGCCUGGCAACCACAAAGAGUGCCCCUAAACUCAUCCAACCGUGGAAUGGAUCAUUAAUGAUAAACGAUAUUCCUGUGAGUAGCACAAAUGUAUCUACUUUCACUUGGUCGAAGAAUGAUUCGUAUGUUGUCUCAUCAUCGGGAGGGAUGGUAAAUUUGUACAACAUUUUCACUUUUAAGAAAUUGAGAAGUGUAUCCCCAACGCCACCUGGCCCGACGUGCGUUUUGUUCUAUCCACCGGACAACAACGUAAUCGCCAUAGGCUUUGACGACUCGAGAAUCCUCAUAUUCAACAUCCGUCAGGAUAAACUACUGAGCACGCUUCAAGGGCAUUCUAGUCGAAUUAGUGGCCUCGCUUUUUCGAGCACUUUCAAUGUGCUUGUUUCCUGUGCAGUGGACACUGAGAUUGUGCUAUGGGAUAUGGUUAAAUGGGAGAAAAAGAGAAGCACGAUAUUGCAGAUUUCGGUUGGAUAUUUGGCCUCAGAACUAUCCGAGACCAUCAUUCAACUCGACAAGGAUCACAAUCACUUUCUUGCCGUGCACGAGACACAGCUGGCGAUUUACGAGACCAUGACAUUAAGACGCAUCAAGCAGUGGACGAUUGCCAACUUCUGCACGCGGAUUUCACAUGCGACAUCAUACGUGGGCCCAUUGGUAGUGGCAGCUCAUCCGCAAAAGCCAAGCCAGUUAGCAAUAGGGUUGUCUAACGGUGAGGUCGUCAUUAUCGAGCCACUUGGCUGUGACGAGGAUAAAUGGACCGCACCUCCAUUCGCCCGAAUAUAGGCUGCUGAAAAUGAGUCCUAAUUUUUUUGGGUUUUUGGGUUUUCAUUAUUUUCCCCUUAUGGCAUAAUUUGCUGCCAGUCAUUAAAAUUUUUGAAUGUUUUUUUGAUGGUGGUUUGAUUUUUUU